UGCAUAUGCGCCCGGGCGGCUGCGUCGACACGCCUGGCUGGGUAAACAGCAUUGGCGUGGACUGCGACGUGUACGCGUCCGAGCACUGCGCGGGCGGCCGCUUCCUGCCCGCCGGGGCUUGGGCGAGUGGCGUUGACUUUGGAGAGCCGGAGAAGCACUGCUGCGCGUGCGGCAAGCCGCCCGAUCGAGGACCAGGGGACAUCUCGAGCGACAGCGGGUGCGUCGACACCGUUGGUUGGCAGAAUCUCUUUGGGGCGACGUGCGACGAUUACUCCUCGGCGGGCCGGUGCGCUGGCGGCGCCUUCACGCCGGGGGAGGAGUGGACGAGCGGGCACGACUUUGGUGAGCCAGAGAAGCAUUGUUGCGAGUGCGGCAAGCCGGCACCCUGCGUCGACACGCCACACUGGCGCAAUCAUUACGGCGCAACGUGCUCCCUCUACGAAGCGGAGGGUCACUGCAGAGACGGAGCCUUUCUCCCUGCGCACGAGUACACAGCGGCAGCUGAGUUUGGCUCGCCCUGGAAGCACUGCUGCGCCUGCGGCAAGGGUCGGGGGUCCCCGCCACCGCUGCCGCCGCCGCCGCCGCCGCCGCCGCCGCCGCCGCCGCCGCCGCCACCUCAGCGCUGCACAGACACGCCCGGCUGGAGGAACCCGUUUGGGAAGGACUGCGCCGAGAUGGCGGCCGAGCAUUGCCGCUGCGCCGGAGGCUUUCGUCCCGAGGACUGCGGCUUCGUCGUCGGGCACGAGUGGACGGGCGGUGUGACGUAUCUCUCCCCGGAGCUGCACUGCUGCAUCUGUGGGAAGGGCCGCCUCCGACCGGUCUUGCAGGGCGGCGCGACACUUGCGGUGGCCCCUCGGCACUCAAGUCGCGGGUAGAAGGAGUCCAGGAGUCGGCGUAGCCGGCAGGCCUGGGACGUGGGACGGCCUCUGGACGGCAGGCCGUGCUGGUCCCCGUGCAUACACUGGUGUGCGAGGCGACGGAGUUUAGUCUAGUCUCUACUAGAGGAGAGUUCUUGAAAGAUC